UACAUGAAUGGCUGGCUAAUCGUAUGAUAUAUGUUAUAGGUGUAGCUUUUUGAUUUUUUUUCUUUUAGAUAUAUAUUUAAUUAUUGUUUUCUUUGAACAAUGUCCCUGAUUUAUGUUGCAAUGUAUUCAUUAGGGACGUGUGCCACUGUGCCGCCACCAAUGCAAUUCUCAAAACCUUUGUAAAGGAUAAGAAGAUUUAAACAACAACGGAACUAACGAUACGAUUUACGCCCGUACCGAUCAUUGUUUUAAUUUAAUAUAGAGCGAAAUGUAACGGCCAUCAUUUAAUUCAUGCGAGAGCCGUGACGCUGAGAAAAUGGGUAACCGACCGUCGGUAAUUUUUAUCAACGACGCUCGUAAGAGACUGCGGUAAUGAGCCGAAAACGGAAACUUGGAACGCGGACAAGUGACAGUAAUUCAUGUAGCCUACUAAAAUAAGUCUAACCACUUCCGUUGAUUUGCUUCCCCAAACCCACACGAAUGACCUGCGAUAGCCGGAAACGAGCCCGCGUGCUUUGUCCUGUCGUCCGAUACCUGGACAUGUGUCGCUGGGGCUGUGAUUUAUCGAACUAAAUCGUGUACACCAUCUGCUCGGUGAAGUGCCUCAGAGACCUCCCUAUGGAACAUCUUCUCGCCACUUCCUCCGGCAUUCGCCUUGUGUUGCCAGAGACCCAAACUCAGCACUUCAGACCGAUUCCAGGAACUAAAUUCAACUCCAACUGGAUGCACGCACCAUCGAGAGUCAUCGCUCAAUCUCGUUCAAACAAAUCCCCCUCCCGCCGAAAGCUACCGAAGAACCUCCGCUACCCGCGCCGUGCCAAAUUGCCACCCGACCCCGGAAUCAACCGGGUGCCGGUGAAGAAGGAAGGAGGCAUCGCUCAACUGUUCGAUGAUAUUCCGAAAAAAGAGGAGGAGAAGAAGGACAGCGCAGAGUCAUCCAAGAACGAGGAUCGUGAAGCCGAUACUGAUGAUUCCGUGUGGAGCAAAGAUGAGCUGGAAGCUAUCUCAUCCCUCUUCGAAAGGCGAAUGCCUCAGAAGCCUGUGAAGCCGGCGAAGGACCGACAACUCCCUCUCCCAUUGCCUCAUAAAGUUCGUCCUUUGGAAAUUCCAACGCCGAAACACCAUGUUCGUUUGGCGAUUUCAUGGCGGUCAUCAUUCAGUGAUCAGGUGCGCAAGAACCCGGAAGUACUCGUGGGCAUAGCUAGAGAGAUCGGAGCUCUUCCUCCGGAUGCCGAUGUAUCUGAGGUUCUUGAUAGGUGGGCUAGAUUCCUUAGGAAGGGAUCUUUGUCGAUGACAAUUCGAGAAUUGGGUCACAUGGGUCUGCCAGAGAGGGCGCUCCAGACCUUAUGCUGGGCUCAGAAGCAGCAGGGUUUGGGGUUGUUCCCUGAUGACCGGAUCCUUGCUUCGACCGUUGAAGUCUUGGCACGGUUCGGCCAACUCAAAAUUGAAGCUGAAAUGGAGAAGUAUCUGAACUCCGCCAGCCGGGUGGUUAUUGAAGCUAUGGCGAAGGGCUUCAUAAGAGCAGGAAAUUUGAACCGGGCCCGGAAAAUUCUAUUACUUGCCAAGGACAAUGAGAGGACCUUGGAUGCAAGCAUUCAUGCAAAGUUGAUACUGGAGGCGGGGAAGACUCCGGAUGGCUACAAGCUUGCAUCAGCAUUGCUUGAUGAACUUGGGGAAAGAGAGGAUUUUGAUUUAAAAUUGCAGGACUGUACAGCUAUAAUGAAGGUUUGCAUUAGGCUUGGAAAAUUCGAAGCAGUGGAGAGUCUCUUCAACUGGUUUAAGCAAUCAGGAAGAAGUCCCACUGUGGUAAUGUACACAACAGUGAUUUAUAGCCGGUAUUGCAAUAAGAAGUAUAGGGAAGCAUUGGUUUUGGUUUGGGAAAUGGAGGAAUUGAACUGCCUUUUGGAUCUUCCAGCUUACCGGGUCAUGAUUAGGCUAUGUGUUACUUUAAAUGAUCUUGCAAGGGCUGUUCGAUACUUUUCAAGGUUAAAGGAGGCUGGGUUCGCCCCCACAUAUGAAAUAUAUUGUGAUAUGAUCAAGGCUUAUGCGGCUUCAGGGAGGUUGGCAAAGUGUAGACAGGUGUGCAGAGAAAUAGAGAUGGCAGGACUAAGGUUGGAUAAAGAGACCAUCUCGUUACUCUCGGAGAUGGAAGGACAAGUUAGAUCGGUAUGUUGAAGUGCUUCUGUUGCAUGUUUGACUCAAUUGCCACUAUAAUUUUUCAGGUGAUAUGAUAUUGCUAGAAGCUGUAUUCUCAGUAGUUAAUUGUAUGGGCGUUUGAAGGUUAAAGAUUAUUGUACUAAUUCUUAUGCCUCUACAAUUAUUGUACCAAAAUUAUUUAUUUGAUUUCAUUUGUAGAUUAGCUAUCGAAAGAUGAUAUGUUAGUCGUCU